AUAAACUGACAAUCAAAUACAUCAGGAGUUACACAAGCAACAUGUCUCGGUCACCAGGAAGAAAGCAGGAGAACCACAAAAUAAGCAGAGAACUUUUUGUACUCACAUAUGGGGCUUUGGUAGCCCAGCUGUGCAAGGACUAUGAAAAAGAUGAAGAUGUCAAUGCCUGUUUGGAUAGAAUGGGAUACAGCAUUGGCAUAAGGCUGAUUGAUGACUUUUUGGCUCGUUCAGCUGUGAAAAAGUGCCGCAGUUAUUCUGAAACUGCAGACAUGAUUGCACAGGUUGCUUUCAAGAUGUACCUUGGGGUGACCCCUAGCGUAAGCUGCAGUAGUGCCACAGGGAAUGAAUUCUCCCUAAUCCUGGAUAAAAACCCACUAGUGGACUUUGUGGAGGAGCUGCCAGCAGAACGAGCAUCACUUUGCUAUUGUAACCUCCUCUGUGGGGUGAUUCGAGGUGCCUUGGAAAUGGUUCACUUAGCAGCAGAAGUUUCCUUCCUUCAGGACAGGCUGAAGGGCGAUGCUGUGACAGAAAUAGGAAUUACAUUUUUAAGAAAGCCUGAAGACAGAAAGCACAGAAGGAAUAAAUGAAGGAAAUACUGGGAGAAAUCCUUGCUGAGGGAUAUUUUGUGCCUUUUGUUUCAGAAGAAGACAGGGUAAAAAUGGCUUUGCUGAGUCAGCUGCAUCAGUCAUCUGGUCAAACCGUGAAGAGAGCUGGGCAGUAAAGAGGAGGGGCAGGGCAGAGGAAAACAGUGUUAAUUGUCAUGACACAGAUAUCAGUAAAAAUGAUCUAAAUGAUCUGCCCUUCCUUUUUACAUACCCAGGCUCUUGAGCUUAAUGGAAGUUUUAUCUCAAUAUUUAGUGUGUAUAAUAUUCAUCUGUAUACCAACUGUUUUCAGGUAUGUUGUGUGACCUUUGAAGUGUUGUUUGUCAGCAAUGUUUCAAAGCAUGGCUGCUAAAGUUGCUUUAUUUCCCUGGCUGUGUGUGGUUAUCCAUAAAGAAUUCAUCUUCUGCAGUUGCUGUAUGCAGUGUCUCACUCACAAGUGCAUGUUUUGAUGUGUAAUGCUUUGCUAUUCAUCGUCCUCUGGACAUCCUGGACAUCCUGCUGUCUUUGAAACCAGAGAGGGAUGGGUCUUCACUGAUGUCUGGAGCUGGUGUUCUUUCCAGCUCUCCAGGCCCCACAUACAGUUUUGCUGGCACUCCUGUUCAGUCCUGUGCACACACCAGGCUACAGCACUCUGACAACUGCAGUGAUGUUGUGGCUCUCCAAGCUGUGGGCAUUUUCAAACCAGUCUUCUCUCCUGAGCACUGAUCUUGUGACCAAACUGAGCAAAGCAUGAUGUAUUUAAUGUGCAGCCAUUGUGAAUCUGUAUACCUGCUUAAGGAAACUUGAAUAAAAAUUCUGAGAUUGCCACACAACUGGUUUGUGAUUGUGUUUUCUGCUCUUACCUGGCCUUUACCACCUGUUGAACAUCUUCCUCUUGGCAGUGGACUUGUUACCACAGUAUGACUGGGAAGCAGAGAAGGAGCAGCCUCAGAGAAACCCAGAUGAUAGGAAAUGUUUAAAGUUGUUUGGUGUAAUGCAAGAUGUCUGGAUAAGGGUUGGAUGAAACCCCAGGUCCUAGCACAUCACCAUACCCUAAAAAUCCAGCUUACGCUCUUCUCACCAAAAUGCUUGUUUUAAACUGAAAUACCAAUGACUAAGUUCAGUGUAGCCCCGAGUUAACUCUGAUUUUAUCACUGUGUUUUGUACCUUCUUCUCCUAUUUUUUCCUCAGUCUGUUUACAUCUUCAUCGUGCUAAGUGGGGACAUCUCUUACCUUGGGCUCACUCUCACCAGACCCGUACAGUCCUCAUGAUAAUGUCUCUGCCUUUGUUUGUCUUAAUAGUGUGGUACAAUGGAGCUUUAAGUGAGCAAUUUUGUAGGGAACAAAAACUAAACUAUUUGUUACCCAUCCUUGGUCUCAGUCCAACUGCUGCUACCUGCUACCAGUAAGAAGUGGCAAUGUGUAUGUGUAACAAAUGUUAUAACCAGCAACAAGUUUGCCUGCCUUUUUUUUCCUUAAUUAUUAUUACUUUUUUCUAAAAAAUUAGAGCUGGGAGGUGUUAUGGAAUUUGUCUGAUUUCACUGCCUGUGCAAGAGCCCUCAGUGGGGUUUUUGCUGGUUAUGGCCAGCUGGUUGAGAUGGGCAUGUGGCUGUUUAUUGGCAAUGGACAUUUUUACUUUUUCCAGCGACACAAACCAAAUAUUCUCUUUUGAGACUGAAUAACCUUGAAAGUGAAUAAACUAUACUGUCCUUGUUUUCUUACAGAAUUACAGAACCACGAGGGUUGGAAGGGACCUCUGAAGGCCAUCUAGUCCAACCCCCACCUCCCGACAAAGCAGUGUCAUGUGGGAGAAUGGUUUGUAAGGAUAGUGCUGAAGGCAAUCUCCCCCAGUGAAUUAUGGCUGUACUAAUUAUCAAAGAGUGAAAACCACCUUACCAGCCAAUAAGAAUGGGUAUUAUAAAAAAGUUGGUUAGCUAGUUAAGAGAUUUUUACUGGGGCUGCAGUUGGAGCUGGAGUGUGCUGCAGUUGGAAUCUGCUGGCCAUGCUGUGAAGAGGAAGGGUCAUGUGGUUGUGCAAGGGACAGACAAGGUAAGAUUUGGUGAGAGGGACAGGCAGGGUUAGGCAGUUGUGUAAGGGACAGGAUGGAGUUAGCUGCUCAUACGGAAGGAAGAAGGAGGAAGAAGGAAGAGAGAAAGAGAAGGAGUCAAUGUUGCAUGGAACUACCUGUGAGAAGUCUAUAGAGAGAAGACAUGAGCUUUUAAGAUAAUAAGGCACUGAUGCUGGUGUCAGCUGUGCCUCCACCUAGAGCAGGUGACACAGGAACACAUCCAGGUGGGUCUGGAUUGUCUCUGGAGAGGGAGACUCCAUGACCUCCCUGGGCAGCCUGUGCCAGUGCUCUGCUACCUUCAAUGUAAAGAAGCUCUUCUCAUGUUGAGGUGAAACUUUUUGCGCUUUAGAUUGUGGUAAUUGCUCCUCCUGUUGCUGGGCACCACUGAAAAGUCUGGCACCCUCCUAUUGCCACCCACCUUUGAGAGCUAUUAAUGACAUCUUCUCUCAAUCCUCUCUUCUGGACUAAACAGACCCAGCUCCUGCAGUCUUUCCUCAUGAGGGAUGUUCCAGACCCAAAUCACCUUUGUGGCCCUUCUGCUGGGCCCUCUCCAGUAGCUCCUUGUCUUUCUUGUGCUGGGGAGCCCAGAACUGGACACAGCACUUCAGAUGUGACCUCGCCUGGGCUGAGUAGAGGGGGAGGAUCACUUCCCUUGACUUGCUGGCCACACUCUUCCCAGUGCACCACAGGACACAGUAGUCCUCUUGGCUACAAGAGCACUGCGGGCUCAUAGUCAGCUUGUCAUCCACCGAGACACCCAGGUCCUUUUCUACAGGGAUGCUCUCUAAGAGGUUAGCCCCCAGCCUGCACUGUUACUCUAUAUCAUCGAGUUCCUUGGAAGGAAAAGAGCACUGAGCAAGUCAGUGACUCUGAUGAGUAUUUUUAAAAAAUUCUUUUCUACAUGCAGGACUAAAUCUUGUUUUGCCUUCAUGUGUUAUAUUUUUAGUUUAUAGUGAGAAAGAAGCUUCCAAGGUUAUUAUAUUAAGCUAGUUAAAAUAGACUCUUCCCUUCUUCCUUGCUUGCAAAAUGAAUAACUUCUUGGGAUUCCUGUCUGUCUGAAUAAUUUCUGAGUUUAUGGUGUAGAAAGAAUUUCUGGGAGAAGUAAAUGGACAGCCCAGACCAAACAAUCUGACUUGCAUAUCAAAAAUGCUCUCUUAAACAACAGCUUUUCAGAAGAAAAGUGAACUUUAUUAUUCUUUGCGUAAAGCUUGUAUCUUUAUUUCUUAUAAUAUGAUAAGAAUAUUACUACUUUGAUUAGAAUAUUACUACUUGCUAAUAUGGACUGCAGGUUUUUAAUGUCCUUAAAUGUAUGAAUGUGCUUUUAAUGUUUGUUAAUAUAUAAGCUUCACCUACAUUGUCAUGUUAUGCAUGAGGCUAACCCCUCAAGCUAAAUUUUUUAAUCUACAGCUUGCUCUAAGCUUCACUGAAAGUUUCGUUGUAAAGAGAGAGCUAAUAAACUAAGCUGAAUUUCUGAUCAAA